CUCCUACAUAAAUUGCGAUAGUCUAUGGUUACAUAUGACAUAAAAAAGUUUUUCCUUUUUAUCAAAUUUUUAUGUUACUUGAAUGUUGAUCUCCAUACAAAUCAUGUUUCAAGUUUUUUCUAAGUCAAGUCCAUCAAAACUAUUAGCUGUUUGCAAUUUUCACUCAACGCACUUACCAUGUGUUCAAGAAAAAACAUUUUCUCAAAAAUUAAGGGAUGGACCUGAUUUCAAAGAUUUUGUCGCUGGAGAUUUCAAAGAAUAUGAUGGAAAAUUGAAAUUAGAAAAAGGAGAUAAAUCUCGGUUAAGGUUACCACCAUGGCUUAAAACUCAGAUACCUGUGGGUAAAAAUUAUAGUAAAUUAAAAUCGCAACUAAGACAAUUACGAUUAAGUACUGUAUGUGAAGAAGCACGUUGCCCCAAUAUUGGGGAAUGCUGGGGAGGCGAUACACAUGGGACAGCAACUGCCACUAUUAUGUUAAUGGGAGACACAUGUACCCGUGGUUGUCGUUUCUGUUCUGUAAAGACAUCACGUACACCAUUACCACUAGAUCCAGAAGAACCAGUAAAUACAGCAACAGCAAUAACAGAUUGGGGCUUGGAUUAUGUUGUACUUACAUCUGUAGACAGAGAUGAUCUAAGUGAUGGUGGAGCUAAUCAUAUUGCAGAAACAGUGAAAGAAAUUAAAAAGAAGAGCAAUAUUUUAGUUGAAUGUUUGAUACCAGAUUUUAGAGGAAAUGAAGAUUGUGUUGCAGUAAUUGUUAAUUCAAAGCUUGAUGUGUUAGCCCAUAAUAUUGAAACUGUUGAACGUUUAACUCCAUUUGUUAGAGAUAGACGAGCUCAAUAUAGACAGUCAUUGAAUGUCUUAAAAACAGCUAAAACAUUAAAUCCAGAUUUAAUUACAAAAUCAUCAAUAAUGUUGGGAUUGGGUGAGACAGAUGAAGAAGUUGAACAAACCAUGAAAGAUCUAAGAGAUGUAGGUGUAGGUGCUUUAACACUUGGACAAUACAUGCAACCUACAAAAAGACAUUUAAAAGUUAUUGAAUAUGUUACACCUGAAAAAUUUAAGAAAUGGGAACAAGUAGGAAACGAACUAGGAUUUUUAUACACUGCUAGUGGUCCUUUAGUGCGUUCUUCAUAUAAAGCUGGAGAAUUUUUCUUAACAAACAUACUAAAAAAGCGUAAAAGUAACGAGACCGAGAAAUAGUAAAUAUAUUUAUGAAAAAUUGUUAUGCAACGAUUAUCAUGAAAGUGAUUGUUCAUGUAUAAUUUAGUAUAAAUUAUUGUAAAUCUGUGCAUAAAAGGAUAUUUAUGUGUUCAUUGCUAUGAUUCAAUUGAAAAAUUAUCCCCGUGUAAAACUGAAGUGUAUUGUUGUUACAUAUGUAUAUAUUAUACACAUGACAUGUAAAUAAACGUAAAUAUAUUUAGAUUAUUAAACCAA